GCCGUGCCAAGGUCACCCCUUGAGCCUGUGGCAGGGUCAGGAUAUGAACUUGGGUCAUUCAGCUUUUAGUCCAGCCUUUGCCAAGCUGGCCCCCUCCAGGUGUUUUGGACUCCUGCUGAUGGGUGUUAUAGUCCCACAUGCCUGGAAGGGGCCAAGUUGGCGGACUACUCCAGUACUUUUACAGUAUCAGCUGUGCUGCUCUUCAGUUGUUGCUGCCACCUCCUCACUAAGUAACUUCAUAUAUCCCCAUCCUCUUUAGUUCAUCAGAGAGCUUCCUUCAGUUUCUUCUUGGGAUUAUAUCUUUUUUUCCCUCCUACCUAGUCAUUGAAUUUAAUUGCAGCCUUCCUCACCAUAAUAAUUGUUGCUUGCUUAGCCCAAAGCAUACUCAAGUUCAGGAGUCAGGUUACAAAGUUCUUGCUAUGGCCAGCUGGAAUGCAGUCAUUUGAAGAAAUGGAACCCAAAGUUGCUGGUCUUUCAGCAGAGGCAGUAGAGAAACCUCAGAAAGGUGGUCUUUCUGCAGCAGCACAGGGUUCUGCAUUGUUUCAGACAUGGCGGCUCAUGGGAUCUCCAUGGGCCAGCAAGUGGCAGUGAUUUGGGAUAUGCACUCUCCUGCUGAAGCGCUGCAAAGUUUUGUGCAGAACAUCCAAGCUGCUGUUGGAGUUGAGGGUCAUGUAUCUGUAGAAAAUAUCAACCAGCUGCUCCAAUCAUCCCAUAAGGAAUCCAGUUUUGAUGUAGUUCUGUCAGGCCUGUUACCUGGCAGCUUGACUGUGCAUAGUGCAGAAGUAUUGGCUGAAAUAGCUCGAAUAGUCAAGCCAGGGGGCCGUGUCCUUCUGAAGGAAGUAGUGACGACAGAAACAGGUAACAACAAUGGGCUCAAGACAAUCCCCAAGCUACCUGCAGCUUUGACACUCUCAGGGCUGGUGGAAAUAAAGGAGUUACAGAAAGAGCCCUUAACCUCUGAACAAAUCCAAUCUCUUCAGGAACGUCUGGGUUUCCAGUGCAAUGAAAUUUAUUCUGUUCAGAUGGAAGGCAAGAAACCCAACUUUGAAGUGGGAUCUUCAAGUCAACUCAAAAUUUCUUUUGUCAAGAAAGAGAGAGAAAAGCCGGCUGUGGAUCCCAUGGCUGCAAAGCUCUGGACUCUUUCUGCCAAUGAUAUGGACGAUGAGGAUGCAGAUCUUCUGGAUUCAGACGAGCUUUUGGACCCUGAGGAUUUGAAAAAACCAGAUCCAGCUUCCCUUAAAGCCCCUUCCUGUAAGGACUCUGGAAAGAAAAAAGCGUGUAAGAACUGUACCUGUGGUCUUGCUGAAGAGCUGGAGCAGAAGAAGAACAACAUACAGCCCAAAUCCGCAUGUGGCAACUGUUACCUGGGGGAUGCAUUCCGCUGUUCCAGCUGCCCUUACCGUGGCUUGCCAGCCUUCAAACCUGGUGAGAAGAUCCUCCUGAAUGAGAAUAACCUCCAUGAUGCCUAAGAGAGGGACAGAAUCAAGCCUCCUUGUGGGGCACGCACACAGCUGUUCUUUGCCUUUUUAGGCUGUGCAUUGUUUUGCUGCCAUAACUCUCACUCUGGGAAGGUCUCUAAUAAAGGGGGAAAGACUUUAUUGGGGUCAAGGAAGACAAGCAGAUGGGCUGCUGUAAGCUAAAGGGAAGGACUUGCAUUCUAGGCUCGUCUCUGACUAGCUGACCUAUUACUUGUUCCUUGGUGUCCUGUUCAUGAACAUAGAUUAGUGGACAUCGGGAUUAAAAAAAAAAAGUAUGAUUUAACGUCGAGGCACUGGCUAUCCUAACAUGCUCUCUAGACAAAAUGGCUAUACUGGCAAUUGUCAUCACAUCCUGGGAAUUCUGAAGCAGCUUCAAGUGGUGGCUUGUCUUACCAAGAAUCCUUUUCAGUAUAUUUUUUGUGGCCAAAUGCAGCACCACAAAUUACAUUUUGGGGAUGGGAGGAGAGGGAUUGAUUGUGAAAUCCCAGUUGCACAGUUAUGUGUUCCAGGUUUUUGUGCAACUGAAAUGUAUGAGGUUCUGAAAUUAAACCUGUGAAACUA